AUGGAUUUUAAAGUAAAGAAACGAAAAAUUGGUAAAACACUCUCGCUUCAAGGAAAAUCAGAGCGAGCGCAUCAUAUUACUAAAUCUGAAUCAAUGAAAAGUUUAUCCAGUAAUUAUGGCCAUAAUGUAAUAAAUAGCAAACAACAAAUGAUUACACUCGAAAAUGUUGAAAUUUCUAUCAGGAAUAUUGCAGCUGAUGAAUUCAAAAGAAUGAAAAAUAUUUCAUAUACAAAAAGAAAACCUUUUAAAUUAAGUGAACAGUCUGAAAAAAAAGCUUGUGGAUUUAUAUCAAAAAAUAUUCUAGAGUGCUCAAAUACCGAAUUUCUUACGAGGAAUAAAAUAAAAUAUGCAAACGAUGAUCAGCAAUUGAUAUAUAAAAAACUAGAAAAAAGCUACAAAAUCGUAAACGAGUCCAAUGAGCACGUGGAUCUAUGCACUGCCCAUGAAGGUUGUAAUACACGGGAUCUAAUUUAUUAUCCUAGUGCGAUUGCUAAUGGAAAACAUUGGAAAAAUGAAAAAAAAUUUGUGAAAAGCAAAUUAUUUUUUAUUUAUCUGCUGCAAACUUUAAUUGGUUUAUUUCUUAAUUUAAAAGAACCACUUUUCCAAUUUGCAGAAUUCUGUAAAAAACACUCCACAAGAACGAGGAUUUUAAUGGCACUUUUCAUUGUUUACUUCAUAAUUUUAUAUUUGGAUUUGAUCGUAGCUUUACUUGAAAUGUUUUUGCAAUUUAUUUGGCCGUUUACUCAUAUAUUUUUUCAAAUAUUGCGAAGAUUAAUGUUAUCGAGUGCGGCUGCGAUUCGAUCCUUUGAUCACUUAUUGAAUGCUGCAUACUGUGAUAUCGCCGAAAUUUGGUGUCAGAAUUUUAAAAUGAUGUGCGAAAAUCGUUGCUCGUUCCUUUUUAUUACUUUGGAGCAAUUGUUGAAAUUGUAA